AUGACUGGAUCGCCAUACGCACGGACGGGAACAACACGUCGCCGAAGCGGCGCGUCGCGCGCGGAGGGGAAGCGAGAUCGCCCGCGCGUCGCUCGCGCACACGACGCCGCGCGCUCUCCACGACCGCACGCCGUCGCCUUCGCGCGUCUCGCGUCUCGAACGCUCGCGAAGUCCGCUCGCACGUCUCCGCGCUCGCGCUUCGUCGCAUCGCGCGCGCCGGUUUUUGAAGCGCGCCCUCCUCAUCAUCUGUUCCCGCGCGAAUCGUCCUCUCGGAUUCAUUCAAAGAUGGCGUCUCCCUCGUGCGCGGCGUUCGCCGCGUCGCGCGUCGUCGCCGCCGCCGCGUCCGGCGCCGGCUCGAACGGCCCGACGCGCAAGAACGUGACGCGCAAGGCGGUCAACGCCGCGAAGGGCGCGGCGCGCUCGACGACGCGCCUCAACGCGUCGUCCCCCGCGGCGAAGGACGCGAAGAAGGCGCAGACGUCCACCGCCUCCGCGGGCGGCGUCGCGACCGCGAUGACCGAGGCCGAGAACGCGGUCGCGCUCAAGAACAACGCGGUCGCGACGCAGCGCGCGCAGCUCGCGCGCGCGAGGGAGAUCAUGACGAUCGACCCGACGGAAGGCCACAACGCGCUCGAGCUCCUCGCCAGCGUCGAGUCCGUCGCGGUUCAGUUCAGCGUGCACUACGAGACCAAAGUCGGCGAGGACCUCUUCGUCGUCGGCUCGCACCGCGCCCUCGGGAACUGGGCGCAAGCGGACGCGUUCCCGCUGACGUGGACGGAGGGGUCGUACUGGAAGGGCGUCGCGGACUUGCCCGCGGGCGGCGCGUUCUUCUACAAGUACAUCGUGCGGCGUCCGGACGGAAGUUACCGAUGGCAAGAGGGCGCGAACAACCUCGUGAUGACGCCGGACGUGUGGGACGUGCCGGACGGCGGGACGUUUAUUCUGGACGAUAACUUCGCGGGGCUGUCGAAGCAGGCGAACAACGCGCUCGCGAUACGGUUGAUCUCCACGGAGAAGGAGAAGGUCACGCUGAAGAUCGAGACGAAGAAGGCGAAGGAGAUGACGAAGGCGGCGCUCUCUGAGCUCUUGAUCGCGCGCGAGGAGCUGCAAAAGGCGAACGAGAAGCUCGCGAUGUACGAGGAAAACGCGCAGACCGUCAUCUCCAAGGUGAAGAACGGGAUCUUCCCCAAGGGCGGGAAGAAGGAGAAGGCGACGACCGGCGACGAGGAGCAGCCGACGGCCGCGGAGACGAGCCGUUGA